AUGUGUGGCAUGGCACGAAAAACAGACCCGAGUUCCCCUCGUCCUCUAACAACCAAGCUACGAAGGAUCUUUUCGUUCACUCAGUCCAGCCACCCAUCAGCCAUACCUAUACCGGACCAGAUGUCUCAACAUAGCAGCGAAAAACUGCGAAAGCCUCCUCCCACGCCGUAUGAUGUGGUCGAAGCAUUCGAUAAAGUGAUUUUAGCGAGGGACAAGGACAAGCUCACACUCCUCAAGCUGCUCCAAGAAGACGAAGACAUCGACACGCCCACCGUCCCGAAGGUGUUAAGCAAAAAAGCUCAGGAAAAAUUCAACGCGCUCCCGGAUUCAAAGGAGAAGACGCCAUUCGAAGGUGUCACGAAGGAAUAUCUCCAGCAGCAUGAGGAGGUCCAAAGGCGCGAGAAGGCACUUGGGUUCGACCACCAUUGCACAAGGGAGGCGGAAGAAUGGGAGGUGGAGGCAAAUGCGGUGAUCCAAGAACUCAAGAAGCUAGACGUCAUCGAUGUCUACGACAAGGAGGCCAGAAUCGAGGGGUAUGCUGGACAGAAACACAAGCGCGUCCCUGGGGAUCGUUUUCUACUCAAUGCCCCAAUCAUCGAGAAAACGAGACUCUACCGGGCCAUCCAGAAAAUACCCAAAGGCGCCCAUCUUCACAUACAUUUCAACGCCAAUUUGCUCCCUGAAGUGUUGCUCAACAUUGCGAAAGACCAAGACUACAUGUACAUCAUGAGCGACAUACCCCUGAUCAGCAAGGAGGCCUUUGAGCGAUGCCACUUGAAGUUUAGCAUUCUCAGCCAGAAGAACUUCGACGCAACUUGGUCGGGGCGACCGGAUCUCUUUAGCAAGGGAGAGGAUCAAAAUGAGUCUGGCCAGCCGAAACACAUCAUGCGUUACAAAUAUGAAUUCCGCGAUAAAUUUUGGAAGAAGUACAGGGACGCUUACGCAGGCGACACCAACGAUCCGUUAAAAGGAGUGGAUAACAACGAUCUUGUCGACGAAUAUCUGACACGCAAAAUCGUGUUUCAGGCGGAUGAGGCUUACAGUCCGCACCAAACGGCUAAGGGCGCCUGGCAGAGGUUUGAUUCUCAUACACAGAUGAUGAAAGGGCUGUUCAACUAUAGGGCAGCCUACGAGGUGUACACGCGAGAGUGCUUGGAGGAGUUCGUGAACGACAACAUCCAAUACGCCGAGAUUCGCCCCAACUUCAUGGAAAACAAUCAGGUUUGGUUCAACGAUGGCUCGGAUAGGAUUGACAAUUACGGAAUAAUGAACCUCAUCAUUGGUGUGUAUGAGAACUUCCAGAAGGCUCACGGGGGAAAAGUCUUCAAGGGGCUCAAAAUCAUCUACUGCACACCACGGUCUUUCAAACCCGACCAGGUCAAAUUUGCCCUGGACCAGUGUUUGGAGAUGAAGCUGGAUAAAGACCGCCGACACGGGGAAGCGAAGGCUAACAGAAGCUCUGUAGGAUUCGAUCUUGUUGGCGAGGAAGGCGCAGGUCAUCCACUCAGUUACUUUAUUCCGCAGUUCCUAGAGUUCAAGGACAAAUGUAAGAAGGCAAACGUCGACAUUCCGUUUUUGUUCCAUUGCGGCGAGACUCUGGAUGUCGGCACGGAGACCGACGGCAACUUGGUGGACGCUCUUCUUCUCGGAUCAAAACGUAUCGGCCAUGGCUUCGCGUUGGCCUGGCAUCCGUACGUCAUGCAGCAAAUGAAGAAGCAAAAUGUCUGUGUCGAGGUGUGCCCUAUCUCCAACGAGAUCUUGGGCCUCACUCCGAGGAUCAGCGGGCAUACCGUUUAUAACAUGCUGGCAAACGAUGUGCACUGCACCAUUAGCACCGACAACGGGACUCUCUUCAGAUCUCGCUUGUCUCAUGACUUCUAUCAAAUUAUGGUAGGGAAGGCAGAUAUGACACUUCAUGGGCUACGUCAACUGAUUGAGUGGAGCAUUGACCACUCCUGUAUGGAUGCCGAGGAGAGGUACCAAACCAGGAGGACAUGGGAGAAGCUAUGGAAGGAAUUCUGUGACCAGCUGGUAAUGGAAUAUCCGAGCUUGGUGCCGGGAAAGCUGAGGCAGCAGAAAAACUAGUUUUCAUGUCUCUGAGUUCAUGACGGCUAGGCAUGGCCGAUGUUACGAAGAGAUGGCCUACGAUACACCGAUGACGGGGGUUUUCACGCUGUGUGGCGCUUGCUUUUUUAUUAUUUUCUUUUAAGGUUUUCUCAAAUGCGACGGGAUGGACGAUGAGGGCGGCAGAUUUAGAAAGAAGGGAACUCGAAGGUUUGUUGGCGCAGUGGUCUUAUAAGUC